AUGCUCGGAUCGCGCAUACAGGAGCAUAAGUCGGCUGUGCGACGAGGCGACGCAUUAUCACAAGUGGCGGCUCACACUUACGAAAUGAGUCACGAGUUUAUCAUCGCAGCCACCAAAAUAGUCGCCCACGCCGGAACCAAAACAGACCGAGAACUGAUUGAAGCCUGGGCCUCGCAUGUGAACUCAGUCAAUCGAUUUAUCGAUCUGUUUUGGUUCCGGCGUACAGAGCCCUGCAUACUCACCUCCAGUCUUGCGUCGUCGGUCGAUGAUUGGCCAACGUGCCUUAUAACUGUCGUUUGUUCUGCUGCUGCUGCUGCUGCUGCUGCUGCUGCUGCUGCUGCUGCUGCUGCUGCUGCUGCUGCUGCUGCUGCUGCUGCUGCUUCUACCUUUGACGAUGGACUCCUGUACGAGUCUGAAAGCUCAGGACAAUAAACACAGUGUUCCGGUGCUCGACUCUUCUUCUUCACUUAUACAUACACCUGGAUCUCUAAAUACAAUUAGGAUAACAAAAUCAGCCCCAUUGCGGUGGGACUUUGCAAACCGUGUGCCAGAUUACUUCCGCUCGCAAAACUACCUGGACAAAACCCACUGUAUUGAAAGAACGCUGCUAUGCCCUACGGAAUUUUCUGCAGGAUAAAUGGACCCGAGCUGCCAAGUUGUUGUGCAUGCAGAACAUGCAUCGUAAACCUGACACUGCAACCCUGAGGAAAGCACCUGUUCUAUUCACUGGAACAUCGCGGGCAACCAUAGGUUCAAGGGAGGGUGUGUGGAGGAAUGGACUGAUGUCCGGAUUCGUGCCCCUAUCACAUGUUAACUUUAAGUAUAUGCGCGGGGUAAGGAAAAACUAUACAGAACUGCCUGCAAUAUUUUUAAAGUAGAUCUUGUUUGGUAGAGAUUUUGGUUGGCCCUUCGUCGGCAAGAUGACAUUCACUGGACUGUACCGUCCAGAGGAUUCUGCGCUACUGAAAUGUCCACAUUUGUUCGUUGUACUGCAAUCCUCACACGUGAAUUUUUGGUAAGAUUAAGGCUCAUCAUUAAAAAAAGGUUCGGUACGGAAAGCAGCCAGGUAGUUAGAAAUUGCUCAAAACACCGUCAGAUGGAAUGCGUACGUCAUUUGCCAGUAAAGCAGGAGAGGGGUGUAGGGGUGUCAGCGGUGGGUUCACGUAAUGGUCGUGGUGGUCGCUCACUUGCCUGCAGGUGAGACUGCGCCUAGCGUCCACUUGCUGGCACUCAACUCUCACCUGUGGCUCCACGUAGCUGGACUCUGCUCAGCGGCCACACCCCGGGCAACCGUCUCGACCGGCGGGCUAAACCAGGUGAGGGGGCCCUGUGCGCUGUGCCGUGUGCACAGGGUUUGCGGAUUCCGCUGGAUGGAAGGUCGGAUGGAACCUUGCGUCGGCACCGUCGUGACGUGGUUCGUCUCUGCACGCCGCUGGACAGCCGGUGACGGGAUGGAUCUCCACAUCGACAUCGCCUUGACGCGCCCACCUACGCCUUCGGAGACCGCGGCUUACGGCGAAUUCGAGUCGCUCUCCACUACAACCCGAAGUCGUGGUCCCAUAGUGGAGUUCGGCCGUGCCACAACGGCACAUGGGCAGCCCGAUACAGGGGCGGAACUGCCAGCCCCCACGAGGGGAAGGGCCUAGAAAAGGUGGCCUAAACAUUGUUGGAUACCACGCCGUCUCCAAGGCUAGCCAGGGCCGCAGACGUCUUAUCGUGGUCGAAACAAUCAAAAUCGAAACAACAACAAUACCUAUAACAACAACAAUACUCGCUCACCUCCUCAUCCUACCUCUUCUUUCUCUUCCUCUGCCUAUUCUUCUCCUUCGUCACCUUCUCCAUCUCCUUCCCGUCGCCCCACUCGCUGUCACCAGACUGGCAGGGUGAGUCCGCUCAGUCUGGCAGCCUGGAAUGUUCGUUCCCUUUUAGACAAUCCGAGGAGCAACCGACCGGAACGGAGGACGGCGCUAGUGGCACGAGAACUGGCGCGCUACAAGGUGGACAUCGCCGCACUCAGCGAGACCCGAUUCUCCGAACAAGGCCAACUGGAGGAGGUGGGUGCCGGCUACACCUUCUUCUGGAGCGGUCGACCCAGAACACAGCGACGGGACGCCGGUGUCGCCUUCGUCAUUCGGAACGACAUCGUGGGACGACUGCCCUGUUUGCCGAAGGGCAUCAACGAUCGCCUGAUGAGCCUCCGCCUGCCUCUCUGGGGAGGCAAAUUCACCACCAUCAUCAGCGCCUACGCUCCGACGAUGACCAACCCCGACGCCGUCAGAGACAAAUUCUACGAGGACCUGCACGCCCUCUUGGCGACUGUGUCGAAGGUGGACAAGUUGAUUGUCCGUGGUGACUUCAAGGCCCGCGUCGGCACAGACCAUACUGCCUGGAGAGGAGUGCUGGGUCCCCACGGUCUCCGCGGCUCAAACGACAAUGGUCUGCUGCUUCUCCGCACCUGCGCAGAACACCGCCUCAUCCUGACGAACACGUUCUUCUGUCUGCCGGAGCGAGAGAAGGCCACCUGGAGGCAUCCUCGGUCGCGCCAGUGGCACCUGCUGGACUAUGUCCUCGUCCGGAGGCGAGAUCAGCGGGACGUGCUGGUGACGAAGGCGAUCGCGGGUGCUGACGGGUGGACCGACCAUCGCCUCGUCAUCUCGAAGAUGCGUAUUCGCCUACAGCCUCGCAGGAGACCACAAGGUAAGCGACCCCAGGUAAGGUGAAUGUUGCUUUGUUGUCUUUGCCCGCUUACCCUCCUCAUUUCAGCUAUGAGCUAGAUCAACGGCUAGACAACCUUCCUAUCGCUGCCUACGAAGCCGCUGCCGAGAACGCCUCCGUGGAGAACCGCUGGUGUCAACUGCGAGACACGGUCCAGGCGACGGCGCUCACCGUCCUCGGUCGCGCUCCCCGCCAACAUCAGGACUGGUUCAACGACAACGACGCCGCCAUAAGAAAUCUGCUUGCUGAGAAGAACCGCCUACACAAAGCCUACUUAGAUCACCCCACUGAGGACAACAAAGCUGCCUUCUACCGUAGUCGCCGCCACCUUCAGCAGCGACUGCGCGAGAUGCAGGACGCCUGGACUGCUCGCAAAGCUGAGGAGAUCCAAGGCUACGCGGACCGCAACGAAUGGAAGAACUUCUUCUCCGUAAUCAAAGCCGUCUACGGUCCGCCGACGAAGGGCACUGCUCCUCUCCUCAGCGCCGACGGCAGUACUCUCCUAACUGAGAAGACGCAAAUCCUGCAGCAAUGGGCCGAGCAUUUUCGAGGCGUCCUCAACCGCCCCUCCAUCAUCCCCGACGCCGCCAUCGAGCGUUUGCCGCAAGUGGAGACCAACGUGGACCUCGACCUCCCGCCAUCUCUCCAGGGCCAUGCAGCAGCUCUCCAGCGGAAAAGCACCCGGAUCGGACGCAAUCCCUGCUGCGGUCUACAAGCACGGAGGUCCCCAACUGAUGGAUCACCUGACUGCGCUCUUCCAGGAGAUGUGGCGUCAAGGUGAAGUCCCGCAAGAUUUCAAAGACGCAAACAUCGUGCAUCUCUACAAGCGCAAAGGGAAUCGCCAAGUCUGCGACAAUCACCGCGGCAUCUCCCUGCUGAACAUCGCCGGGAAGAUCUUCGCCCGCAUCCUUCUCAACCGCCUCAAUAACCAUCUGGAACAGGGCCUUCUGCCGGAAAGCCAAUGCGGCCUCCGUCGUCAUCGUGGGACCACGGAUAUGAUCUUCGCCGCCCGUCAACUUCAGGAGAAGUGUCAGGAGAUGCAGACCCACCUGUACUCUACCUUCGUGGACAUGACGAAAGCCUUCCACACGGUGAAUCGUGAAGGACUGUGGAAGAUCAUGCAGAAAUUCGGCUGUCCGGAGCGAUUCACUCAGAUGGUGCGUCAGCUGCACGACGGUAUGAUGGCGCGAGUCGCGGACAACGGAGCUGUCUCAGAGGCAUUCGCAGUGAUCAAUGGAGUGAAGCAGGGCUGCAUACUGGCGCCUACCCUCUUCAGUCUUAUGUUCUCUGCCAUGCUGAUGGACGCCUACCGCGACGAACGCCCCGGGAUCCGUAUCGCCUACAGGACGGACGGUCACCUGCUGAAUCAACGACGGAUACACUUCCAAUCGCGCGUAUCCACAACCACCGUUCACGAAAUCCUCUUCGCCGACGACUGCGCCCUGAACACCACCUCGGAAGAGGAGAUGCACCGGAGCAUGGACCUGCUCUCCGCCGCCUGCGUGAACUUCGGUCUGGUCAUUAACACGCAGAAGACGGUGGUGAUGCACCAACCGCCACCCGACUCAGCCACAGCCCCCAAUGCGCCGCCGAAAAUCAGCGUGAACGGAACCCAACUGCAAGUGGUGGAGAACUUCCCGUACCUGGGCAGUACUCUCUCCCGCAACACCAAGAUCGACGACGAAGUCGCCAACAGGAUCUCCAAAGCCAGUCAAGCCUUCGGUCGCCUCCAAAGCACAGUUUGGAAUCGUCAUGGUCUCCAACUGAGCACGAAGCUGAAGAUGUACAAGGCUGUCAUCCUGCCGACGCUACUGUAUGGAGCGGAGACUUGGACGGUGUACGCAAAGCAGGCACGUCGUCUGAACCACUUCCACCUCAGUUGUCUUCGUCGCAUCCUGAGGCUAAAGUGGCAGGAUCGAAUCCCCUACACUGAUGUGCUGGAACGGACGGGAAUCCUCAGCAUCUACGCCAUACUGAGGUAA